CGCUGGCUCACGACAAUGGCGUCUGUCCAAUAUUACUGCCCAUGUUUCUCAACAUCAUCGGUCCAGCAACCUCCACCGCCGCACAUGGCCUCGUCGUCUUCAAGUUUCCACCCUCUGCAUAGCCUUUUCUUCUGCGAGGAGUGCGACGCCGUACGAUGCAACCGCUGUGUCUCGGUGGAGGUCAGCGGAUAUUACUGCCCAAAUUGCUUGUUUGAGGUUCCCAGCGCGAGUGUACGUGCUGAGAAGAAUCGAUGCGCUCGUAACUGCUUUUCAUGCCCUCUAUGCCGAGCGACGCUGUCUGUCGUGGCUUCCGAUCCUCCGGAUGAAGACGAUGGGAGGAGUGUUGCGAUCAGUCCUGUGGGAGAGGCGCCGUUCUUUCUGUAUUGCAAUUAUUGUCGAUGGGACUCGGCGUCGGUAGGUAUCACUUUCGAGAAGCCAACUGGGCUUGCAGCGCAACUCCAGAAAUUUGAAGACUCCGCGCCCGAAGCCCAAGAAUUCGACCGGCUCAAGGAGCACUUCGAGCCAUUCCUGCGCACGUCCUCGCUUUCCUCUUCAGCAAAUCUCUCGAACUUAUCAUCCUCUCAUCACCACCACUCCCAUACAUCUGCAGCUACAGCAGCCGCGUCUGCUGCCCUCGCACGCGACAUCCCUGGCGUCAGCAAAUACCAGCCCCUCACGCGUAGCCGGUCCGGGCGCGACCGGACGGCGAACAAGGACGAGAUGUCGGAGUAUAAGAGCCGCGUCGAGGUGGGUGUACUGAACCAACUCGGCGCGGGUGGAGGAGACGAUGAGGACGUGGAGUAUAUGAAGCAUCUAGAGUCGGCAGGUCAGGUUGCGGCACUGGAGCAGCGGUGGGCAAACAGUUGGACGACGUCGAUCAAAACGAGCGAGCUACGGCCCCUCCGCAUCCCACUACAUUCCAAAGUCACGAAACGAUGUCCAACCUGCCGCCAUAUCCUCAUCAAGCCCGAGCAAAAGGCCCAGUCGGUGCGGUACAAGAUCAAGCUCGUCGCCGGUAACUACCUUCCCGCGAUCGGAGUCACCCUGCCGCACCUCCAGGAAGCCAUGAAGAAGACUGCAGGGCGGCCCUCAGCGGCAGCUUCCGGCGGCGAAGAAAAGGCUGGUGGCGGAAUGUUCGCUGGCCGUUCAUACCCAUUCCAUCUCGCGUUCACCAACCCGCUCUACGACCCUAUCCAAGUCCGGCUAUCCGUCGCCCGCGUGCACGUCGCAGCUGCAGCGGCGGACGGGAGCGAUAGCAAGACACGUAGAUCCCCGUAUUCGAUCUCGUUGCCGAUGCAGCCGUUCCCUGUUGCUGCGUUUGCGGAGGCAUGGGAGUACGACGAUGAUGAAGACAUGUUUGGGAUCGAGGACGACGAACUGGGGAUUAGCGGUGCUGGGAGUAGGCUGGCGCGAGAGAAAGAGGCGAAGAGUAAAGCGAAGACGGUCGGUGUGCUGGAGAAGCGGGCGAACGUUACAGUCGUGGGUGGCGAGGUGACUAUCGGAAAGGAAGCGAGGGGGGACGUUAAGUUUAAUAUGCUUGUCUCGUACACAUAUCGCUCCGACGAUCCCAUGCCGAUCGACAGCGACCAGUCGCGUCCGUCAUCAAAGCAGCCAGAACACAAGACCUUCACCUUCUACACCGUCAUCGAUAUUGGCUCCAUUAUACCCCGGGAAGACUCCAAUACCACGGCAAUAUAGGUCGGCCUCCUAAAGCGCAGCCACGACAACGGAGCUUUCUGGUGUGGGUCAAGAAAUUUCAUGUCCGAGUGGUACGAUAUUGACGUUCUGACUCAUUGUGACUCAUACGGCCUAUUCUCAGUUAGCUGUUAGCCAAGACUUUUACACUGGCGCUUGUAUUAUCAGCGUGUUGUGCCUCGUUUUACGACGCGAAUUCACCUGCACUUCGAUAUAUGAAUGUUCUAUGAUGGUUAUCGCGCAGUCUCCG